CGCCAUGUCCCUCUACGGCGGCAUCAAAUUCUCUGCGACGAACCCGGAGGAUGAGCCAGAGCAGCGGGAGACCCCCCGCCCGCCAGACGCAGACGCUGGCUCCCUCCCCCCCGCACAGUCCAAGCAGAGACAGCCCCCCGCAUUCUCCUCCGCCCUCAAGUUCGCCCCCCGCAUCAACAAGAAGCCGCUGAAGCCGCCGGUCCCAACCGCACACGUCUCCGCGCUCCCCCUCAAUCCAAGCUCCGCAGAUAUCGUUCGCUCUGCAGAACCAGUCUUGCACUCUCGUUCCCCGGCAGCUCAAGAUGAAGGUGAUGCGCAGCUGGUAUUCGGGCCAGACGGUCUGCCUCUUGCCAAGGCGCCGGCUAUGACGAUAGGGACCAACAAAGGAGGGUACAAGGACAGAUUGGGCAAUGAUUUCUCCGGUGAGAAAAAGAAGAAGAAGAAGAAGAAAAGAAAAAAUCCACAACCUUUUUUCCCCACGUUUGACCCUGAAGAGAUAUAUGAUCCCAACCGGCCCAACGACCUCGGUGAAUAUCAACAGUAUCGGAAACGUGCCAAGGAAGAGAGGAGGAGGAAGCUCAUGGAGGCUAAGAGACGAAGAGCUGAAGGCUUGAGCAGUGAUGAGAGCAGUUAUUAUACAGACAGCGAAGAGGACAUCGCUCCAAGAAGGGACGCUCCCAAGAUGUUUGCUCCUCCAAAGAUGUAUUCUCCUUCGGCCUCAAAGUCUACUGUUUCUGAAGAACCCGAGACUGCCGUUAAUCGUCUGCCCGAAUCGCAACCCGCAUUUGGCCGUGAUCAGGACGAUAGGCGGAUGGACGUGUCACGCCUAUCGCCGUCGGGGGAUGAUGCUUAUGCUAGACGGGUCGCCAUGACGCAGCAAGCUCCCUUGCAUCUACAUCAUCCUUCACAAUCAGGUGACGAUGCAUAUGCAAGGAGAGCAGCCAUAUCUCAGAACCCCCCACCUACAACCUCAUUCAUCCCGAGUUCUACAGCCUCUUCAUCCGCUGCACCAGAUGCAUACCCCUCUUCUCAUUUGACUCAACCACCUACAACCACCCCACCACCUUUGCCCGUGAUACCAAACGCGCAAGCCGAACUUCCACAGGUUCAGGCAGCCGCAUCAGCUAGUCAAGAUUUCCAGGCUAUGUUGGAGGAGAGAAAAAAGGCUGCCGAGGCUAUUGCUGCCAAGUUCAAAGCUCUUGCCGGAGCGGCGCAACCCCCAUCAUCACCUGCUCCCGCCUCGGCAUCCUCCUCUGCAGCGCAACUUCAGGAUGUUGGUGGUGGGACAUUUGCAGAGAAAAUGAUGCGUAAAUGGGGCCACGUCGAAGGCACAGGCUUAGGAGCUCGUGGUGAGGGUAUUGUCCACGCUUUAACUACGGAACAUGUUGCUCCGGUUGCGAACCUCUCGCAACCCCUAUCAAAGCGGGCCCUUGCCAAACAAAAAGCAGCAGCAGCUAAUGCCAAAUCUCGCAAAUGGGUUCAAGCACCUUCUGCCCGUGGCAGGAUCGUCAACGACAAUAAGGAUGAACGUGCAAAGGAAGAAAAGGAGAGAAAGGGUGAGGAAGGCAGGGUGAUUUGCCUAAGGGGCCUUGUGGGUUCGGUAGAGGAAAUUGACGAGGAAUUGGUAAAUGAGAUAGGAGAAGAGUGUUCAAACUACGGGAUCGUAGAGAGGGUAGUGCUUCACCUGGUAGAACCACCUCCGCCAGAACCGGAAGAGUGUUUGCGCGUUUUUGUGGUGUUUUCCGGGAUGGCGGGGGCAUGGAGGGCAAUCAAGGAACUGGAUGGGAGAUUUUUCGGGGGAAGAAAUAUUAAAGCCACAUAUUUCGACGAGACCAGAUUCGACAAGGGCGAUAGGGAUGGCCCAGUGCUUUAGCUUUUUAGGAGAUGUGUCCGGUGUAUGGAAUACGAUUUUACAUGUGCACGUGCUCUCAGACUGGACGUCUUACCCACCAACAAUUUAGGUAUACAGCGAUGUAGAACGAUACACAGAAGAUAAACAACAAGCAUCCGACGAUCCGCCAAUGUUUUCACAGUGCUACACCUUCCCGGUGUCCCUUACCAGUUUCCUUACCGCGAUGGGACUUGGGCUGAACAACGCAGAGGCUUGAAAGCUACCGAGCCUCACUAUAUUCAUGGCCCAGGAAGAUUGCUGCGCAUUAGGAAUGAAUGAUCUAUUGGAUAUUUCCUCAUUCGGCAGUGUAACCUGAGCCGGAGUAAUUUUUAUUGGAUUGGACUGGACAGUGCUCGCACGCCUUUCGCUAGGCCUUUGAUCUGGCUUCUGAAGGGAGGCAGCAUGCACGACGAAUGGAUUAUGUGACGAUGUGGGGACCGUAGGCAAAGUUCUGAACUGGGCUUGCUCUGCUUUGAUCUUCUUGAUGAGGGCUUCUAGCAUAAGUGUACGCAUCUCAAGGCCGUCCUCGGUGUCGACCAAAGAACUCCUUCGUGCUUUAACAGAUGAAUAAAGUGAUUGCAGUUGGUUUAAGAGGCUCAACAUCGCAUUGCAAGCUUUGAGGUAAUGGUCUUUGAGACCGGCAUACUCUGCCGAUGGAAGAAUGUGAACAUGCGAGGAAAUCUUGAUCCCCAGACGCUGGAGGGUGGAAAUGACCGGUGCAAGGAGCACUAAUAGUUCACCUGCGGGAUCAUCUACCCUCUCGUCUUGUACAGAACAGACAUCCUCUCCAUAGUCGAGCGUUACUCCCACAAGCGUGCGCUCCGAAUCGGCAGAGUGCCCCGAAUCCCCAGACUCUCUUCGGACAAGAGGCGUCUCUUCACUCUUAUCAAGCUUGCUGUACCGCGCCCACCCCCACUUACCACCUGGUUUCGUACUUGGCCGCUUGAAUGCAUCCUUGCGAGAAAUGGACAAGACUGAAAUCAGCUUGGAAAAGCGAGACGUAUGUGUGGGCGUUAUGGGAGGAGGAGUGUACUGCUCCUGAAUAGGUGUAAUGGAAGGAGAUCGUAUGGGCGAGAGAAGGGUAUGGUUUAAACAUGUGAUAUCGGCAUCGACAUUUGAAAGCUCAUUUCUAGGAGGAAGAACGUCGUUUUUUUCAUCAGCUUCGUAUGACAGAUGGUCGACAGCGGAUAGGAAAGAUGAGGAACUCUGUUUGACUCACUUGAAUUGCUCGAUCAGGACUGUUGUUCGUACAUUCGGGUUUUGCAUAACUCUGCUUCAAGCAAUUAAUGUUAAUGUUGUCGAGUUUAUCAAAAUGCUUACCAUCAAUGGACAAAGAACUAUCUGUGCUCAAGAAGUUAUUAUUAUACUCGUAAACACAGGCCGCCUUGUUGGUGUUGCCGAUACUAUUCUGAAGGUUGU